AUUGUUAAAGGUAGCAUGGUAUGGUUCUGAGCUUCUUGGCAUUGCUGCUUCUGCUUUGAAGCCAUCUUCUAAUGAGAAAGCUCCUCAGAGGCUUCUUGAAUCCAUUGAUCGUGAUGCUGUUGUGGAUACUAUCAAACAAGAUUUUCAAAGGUCCUAUUUUGUCACAGGUGAUCUCACAUUAAAUGCUUAUGAAGACGACUGCGAAUUCGCGGAUCCAGCAGGAUCCUUUAAAGGGCUUCAGCGUUUCAAAAGGAACUGCACUAACUUUGGAUCCCUUUUGGAGAAGUCAAAUAUGAAGCUCAUGAAAUGGGAAGAUUUUGAGGAUAAAGGAAUAGGCCACUGGAGAUUUAGUUGUGUCUUGUCAUUUCCUUGGAGGCCAAUACUUUCUGCAACUGGAUACACAGAAUAUUAUUUUGAUCCACAAUCAGGAAAAGUAUGUAGGCAUGUGGAGCAUUGGAAUGUUCCGAAAAUGGCUUUGUUCAAACAAAUUCUUAAGCCUAGCAGGGGAUUUGGAUUAAAAGACUAUAUGAAUAGAUGGCUGAAAGCAUUUCAAGUGAAGAUUUAGAUUACUAUGGUUUGGGGUGAGUGUGUCAACAUUUCAAGUCUCAAGUUAGAGCUUUAUAAAGCUGGAAAAUUUGGAUGCAUGAUGUAUGCAACAUGAUGAAGAUGGAAAGAGGAUCAAUUUGAGUAGCAAAAUGAUAUCUCCACUCAUUUGGUAUAGGAUAUCGUGUCGAUUCAUGGUUCAUUAGCUAUUGUAAUCUAGUUAAUGAGCCAGGUCGACACGAUGUCACUUGUUAUUCAUGAUUACUAUAUUGACCCAAAGAACUAAUUCUUAGAAUUGUAUAUGCUAGGAACUCACUAGAUGGUGGAAAUCUCAUGUAAAUAUAUGGUUUCCAGAGAAUUAUGUGUUCAUGAAAGUAGCUUUUGUUAGAAGAAAAGUAUUUGCUGCUGAAA